AGUGAUUCAGCUUCAUGUUUUCGCCGCAACGCAGCGCUUAUUUUCGAAUUAUUUUGUUGUAUCACGCAAGGUCCUAACCAAAUCAACAUUAGCGGCGUUUUCCAUAAAUUUAGACAUUUGUUUGGUAUUUAAAAAAAUAAUAAACUGCAGAAAUGGAUUUGCCAGCCCAAGCUGUUAUGCAGCUAAAAAUGUUCAUCAGUUUGGUGAAAGCCAACCCCGACAUCUUGCACAACCCAAAACUCAGUUUUUUCAAGGAGUUCAUCGAGUCAUUUGGAGGUAAAAUUCCACCACCGUCCAAGGAGAGUCAGCCACCUCCAAAAUCUUCUCCUUCUACUGCUCCUUCUGGGGAUGCGAAAAAACCUGAUGAAACACCUGCUGAACCAGAAAGCGAAGAAAGUGAUCUAGAACUGGAUAAUAGUGGAGUUAUUGUUGCCGAGAUGGAAGAACCACAUGCUGAACAACAGGAGGUGGUAAUCAGAAUUUUAAGUGCCGAUGAGAUUAUGCAGAGGCAAGCGUCACAAAGAGGUACGGAGGAGGUGGUUGUACCUGGUGAUAUUUUGCAGCAUACAACGUUACAGAGAGAUACAGAGAUGGUAGCUUCAGAUGCUGAAGAGAUUUUGUCACAGAGAGAUACGGAGAUGGUAGUAGCAGAUUCAAAUGCUGAAGAGAUUUUGUCACAGAGAGAUACGGAGAUGGUAGUAGCAGAUUCAAAUGCUGAAGAGAUUUUGCCACAGAGAGAUACGGAGAUGGUAGUAGCAGAUUCAAAUGCUGAAGAGAUUUUGUCACAGAGAGAUACGGAGAUGGUAGUAGCCGAUUCAAAUGCUGAAGAGAUUUUGCCACAGAGAGAUACGGAGAUGGUAGUAGCAGAUUCAAAUGCUGAAGAGAUUUUGCCACAGAGAGAUACGGAGAUGGUAGUAGCAGAUUCAAAUGCUGAAGAGAUUUUGCCACAGAGAGAUACAGAGGUGGCAGUCACUCCUUCAGAUUCCGGAGAGCUUGUGCUAUGGCGACCUUCAGAAAGUUACACUGAGAUAGUGAUAGCAGCAUCAGAUGCCGAAGAGCUUCUACAGAGUGAUAUGGAGGUGGUAAUAGCGGCUUCAACUGUGGAAGAGCUUUUGCAGCAGCAAAUAUCACAGAGAGACACGGGGCAGGUGAUAGCGGCCUCGGAUGCUGACGAGCUUUUGCAGCAGCAAAUAUCACAGAGAGACACGGGGCAGGUGAUAGCUGCCUCAGAUGCUGACGAGCUUUUGAAGCGGCGACCCUCUGUGAGACUGCCGGGUGUCAGGGAGGGCAGCUGUAUAUACGGCGACGGUGAUGGCUACUUCUAUCAUGUGUCCUGGGAGAAGGCCGAAGCAAGAUACCUGGUCUGCGUUCGUAAACAGUACGGCUGUAAGGCGAGGGCGAGGAUGGGAUUAGCGAAUGGUGACCCGAUCAUCCUCUCUGAGAAAAGCCCGAAACACAACCAUGAGAGAGACACCACUAGGGCGACUCAGAUUUCUUUUCUGUCGCGAUUGAAGCGGAGGGCCAAAACAGAGAGAAUCAGUCUGCAAAAGAUAUUCGAUGACGAAGCUAUGAGGCAUCCUGAGGCAGUGAACGUUAUAUCCAGGAAAAGUGCGGAACGAUCUAUGAAACGGGUUAAGAAGAGUCACAAACAAAUCUGUAAUGAUACAAUCUACUUUCAAGUAGUGUUUUAUCUUGAACUUUUUAUUUCUAUCAAAACAGAGAACCCAGAUGUAGUGACCACCCCCCUCCCAGAGUACAACUGUGACCUUGAAGUUUCCGAAGAAAAUUUUGAAAAAUUCGAGCAACAUAAAGGAGAUGCUAUCAGAGCUUAUCAGGAUGGCGAAUACCAGAAAGCGUUCGACUGCUACACAAAGGCGAUUGAGGCGAAUCCUAAUAUAGCAGCGAUGUACGCAAAACGCGGCCAAUGUUGCCUGAAGAUGUCUCAGCCGAACGCGUGUAUCAGGGACUGCGACCGCGCCCUGCUCAUCAACAGCAACCAGGCGGCCGCAUACAAAUACAGAGGGCGUGCCCACCGCCUACUCGGCCAAUGGGAGAAGGCGGCACAUGACCUCAGGCAGGCCUGCAAGAUCGACAUGGAUGAGGAGGCUGAUGAGUGGCUCAGAGAGGUCACGCCCAACGCCCGCAAACUCGAAGAACACAAGCGCAAGUACGAACGCAAGCGCGCCGAGAAAGAGCUGAGAGAGAGAACGGAGCGCAUGAAAAGAGCGAGAGAGGAACACGCCAAGGCGGCAGAGAGACAGAGAGAGCAGGAGAAAGAGCGAGUAACUAAGGGACACAGAGCAUUAGCUGCGUUCCAACACCUUCUCACAGAGUCAAUAGACGGAAUUUUAGUUAAAUCUACUAUAAUGGCCGGCCAGGUUUUGUGCUGGGGGCUUAAGGCGAACGCACACAGCAAUAGGCAGGCGUAUUCAGACAGACAGACGUCUGUGUGCAUUGCAACAUUCCAACGGCAGGACCCAGAAGUUCUAGCGGCCUUUGAAGACAUCGAAUCCAACCCUGCCAACAUCACCAAAUACCAGGACAACCCUAAGAUUCUGGCCAUCAUUGAGAAGCUGGCCAAGCUGAAGGGUGGUCUGGGAGGUAUGAUGGGGGGAAUGGGAGGCAUGGGGGGUUUUGGAGGCUUCAACCCCUUUGGGGGGGCUAACCAACCUCCCCCACAACCACCGUCGUCGGGUGCGGGAGCCGGAGGUCCCGACUUGGAACUCGAUUAAAAAGAUCAAAUAUUGAGAACCCGGCAAUACUUUGUGGAAUUGAAAUAGAUUGUCAUCAGUGCUAUGUUUGUUCCCUACCUGUGUUAGUGUUGAUUCUGUUUACCCCUCUUAAUAUUUUUCCUGUUUAUUGAACUUUUAUACAAUAUUUUCCUUCUUUGAAAUAAAUCGAAUCUAAUUCUUUUCGGAUUAAAUAUAACUGCUUGUAACUGCUUUUUUAGGGAUUGGUUAUUGAUCUGGUUGUUACAUUAAUUGCUAAUCUUCACUAGAACUAGAAAUUGAUUAUGAUGAAAGUGUUUUUUUUUUUAUUUUUCACUGAAAAUGUUCUAGAUAUUUUUCAAGUAUUUCUUUUCAUUAUAUUGCGUUUUGCAUUUGAAAUGUUAAUAUUCAUUUUAGUAUUACUUAAAAUGUUUGAGAUUCAUAUAACAUAAACUUAACUUCAUCCUCUUAUAAUAAACUUAAUUUAUUAUCAAAAAUUUCAAACAUUUUCCAUUUCGAGAGCAUGAAUUACAUUUAUUUGGAAUUGAAACUAAAAUUUGAUUGAAUACGUAACUAGGUCAAUAGAAAGUGCCUAAUUCGCUUGUGAUUAUUUGUUGAGUAUUCAUACAGAAACUUUGAAAAUUAAUCACUAUGAAACUUUAUAAACUUUGUAUUGAAUCAUUGAUUUGAUCUUGCAAUUAAUAUUGAGUGAAUAUCCUCUUGUUUAUAAAUGAACUAGAGAUGGUGUAGGCUAUUUUUAAAAUGAUGGCUAUGUUAUAGGUUUGGUAAUCAAUAAUCUUCCUAAACAGCAUCACUAAAUUGUUCAAAUACCGUUAUAAUUGGAACCGUUUUAGGCUUAUAAGCCUGUGGUACUUUUCUGUAAGUUGUGUAAUUCUGAAUGAUUAAAAUAAAUAAAUACCGGUGAUUUGAGCCCGGUGAAAAGUCAAAAUUACCAGCCUCUUGUUCUAGAACAUAAUAAUUUGGAGACUCCUCUAAUGCGUUACGUAAUUUAGAGAUCAACUAUUACCAGUACCUUAUCUAAUACAUGAUAGAUUUAUCAGGUAUUUAACUGUCCACUCUCUUUCAUUGAAUACUCAUUUCAUUUUCUAUCAAAUCAAGUAAAUCAAUACCUUAUUACCUAGUCGAAUCUAUUAUUUUCAAAUAACCUCAUAAUAUUAUCAUUCAUACAUUUAAUGAUUCAAUUCUUCAUUAAAACUUUAUUUUUAGUUGUAGAAUUGUAUUUGAGAGAUAGAAUUCUAAUUAUUUGUCUAAAAUUCUUAAAAUCAAAGUAAAUAAUUACCUUUGUUAAUGAAGGUUUUAGUCAGUGUUUCCCACAAAUCAAUGUUUUAAAAGUAGAUAAUUUGAAAAUGUUGAUUUAGAAAGACUGAUUCAUAUUGUAGCUUCCGAUAGUUUUAUUAAAGCGUCAUGUGUUGAUUUGAUUUCA